AUGGCGACGCCGGCGGUGGAAACAAUAAGAAACGGCAGAGAUUGGGCGUGGCUCCCGGAGCUCAUCCUCGACUCGGUGCUCCAAAACUUGGUCUCCUUACAAGACUACCUCCAAUUCAGCAGCGUUUGCAAGCCGUGGCACGCGGCGGCCGAAUCCCAAAAGCGACGUCGUAUCGCCACCAGCCCCCAAAACCAAGCCCCGCUCCUCAUGGUCCCCACUAAGGACCGCAGCCACUUGCGGCGCGGCCUCUACUCCGCCACCGCCCGCAACCGGCUUCUAGAAACAACCCUCCCGGUCCCUUGGCACAGAAGGUGUUGUGGUUCUUCCCACGGCUGGCUCGCUUUCCUGGAAGAAGAAGACCGCGUCACCCUCUACAACCCCUUCACCCAAGCUCGAAUCUCCCUCCCAACCAUCAGCGGGACGAGCCACCUCCGCGACGAAGCCGACGACCACUUCCACCUGUAUACCAACUUCGCCAAGAAAAUCGUCCUCUCCGCCGACCCUUCAACCCACGGCCACGACUACGUCGUCGCCGCGCUGAUCAACUACCCCGUGUACAGAACCCUGGCCGUGAUCCGGCCCGGCCGGGACGACAAGCGGUGGACCCUAUUCUCCACGUGGACGAACUACACCGGCCCCGAGGAGCUCUCCACCGACCUCAUAUUCCACCAGGGCUGGAUCUACGCGACCGCGUACCGCGGGAUGCUCGCACGUGCCAACGUCGAGGGCGUCGGCACGCGCGGCUACGUCCCCGUGCUGGAGAUGGUGGUCCCGCAGUGGUCCGAGAUAUACGAGAUCUCGAAGCCGAGCUACCUGGUGGAGUCGUCGAGCGGGGACGAGCUGCUGAUGGUGGUGCGGUGCUUGGAGGAGAGGGACCACGAGUUUUCUUUCGUGACCGCGGACGUCAAGGUGUUCAAGCUGGUCCGAGCCGCCGGCGCGAGUUGUUGUCAUUAUUAUGUGGAGGUGGAGGAUCUGAAUGGGGAUGCAGUGUUCAUCGGGGACAGCUAUUCGGUUGCGGUUCCGGCGGCGGAGUUCCAAGGCUGUGAAGCUGAUACCGUCUACUUUAGCGACGAUUACGUGGAGGUCAAGCCUCACUACUUUCAUUUGGGCCCGCACGAUAUCGGCAAAUUUAACGUCAAGGAGAGGAAAUUUGGUACUCAUUUUUAUGUUGCUGAUCCAGCUCAGAAUCGAGGGAUGCCGCCACCCAUUUGGGUUUUCCCUACAUUGAUGAAACAAUGA